AUGCUUGGAAAGGUUAUUCUGGAAGAAGCAUUUGCGCUGCCUCGAUUGGAGAAAAAGACAAAAUGGUGGGCAGGCAUGUUCAGCACAGACGCUGAGAAGCAUACGCAAGAGAUCCAGGAUGUCACCGAUAUUCGAUUGAAGUACGCGGACAAGUAUGGUGUUGGCUAUACUAUUGUAUCGUACACAGCGCCUGGUGUUCAAGAUAUCUUUGACCCCAAAGAAGCUCAGUCUUUGGCUGUGGAGAUCAACGAUUAUAUCGCCGAGCAGAUCAAGCCAUUCCCCGAUCGGCUCGGAGCCUUCGCGACUCUGUCCAUGCAUAACCCGAAUGAAGCUGCCAGUGAACUGAGGAGAACGGUCACUCAGUACGGAUUCAAGGGAGCCCUGGUGAACGAUACCCAGCGAGCCGGCACCGAUGGCGAAGACUACGUGUUCUAUGACCAGCCAGAAUGGGAUGUUUUCUGGCAAACUCUGGUCGAGCUCGACGUGCCUUUGUACCUGCACCCUAGAAAUCCCACGGGUAUCGUCUUUGAAAAACUGUGGAAGGACCGACAAUGGCUCAUCGGCCCUCCUCUAUCUUUCGCUGUUGGAGUUAGUCUGCAUGCUCUCGGAAUGGUCACGAACGGUGUAUUCGACAGAAACCCAAAGGCCCAGGUAAUCCUUGGACACUUGGGCGAACACAUUCCUUUCGACAUGUGGCGCAUCAAUCACUGGUUCGAGGAUCGCAAGAAGAAGCUUGGCCUUGAUUGCAAGAAGACUAUCCGCGAGUACUUCAAUGAGAACUUUUGGGUGACCACCAGCGGUCACUUCUCCACGACAACUCUUAACUUCGUCAAAGAUCAGGUCAGCUCUGAUCGCAUUCUAUUCUCGGUUGACUAUCCUUUUGAGACAUUCGAAGACGGAUGUGUAUGGUUCGACAAUGCGGAGAUGAACACCGGAGACCGUCUUAAGAUCGGGAGGGAAAACGCAAAGGGCCUCUUCAAGCUCAAUGAGUACAAAGACUCGAAUGAAAAAGUGAUAUAGGCAUUGGCGAAUUCAAAAACGAUCAGUUUUCGAGCAAAACUGUGCUACCAAGGGUC